GCCCGGAGGCGAGGGUGGGCUUAGUGCAUGGCUGUUCCCUCAUCUCUACCUUAGCUAGAUAGAGCCCCUUUUCUUAAUUAAGGAGGAGAGGAAGACAAGAUCUUCAGUUCUUCACUGAUCAUAUAGAUCGACAGCGUUGGAUCGAUCAUUUUUCGUUUAUUUCGUUCUUGUUCUUGAUCUCCCCUCUCGAUCUGCAAGACCACACCGUACCGCACCGUCCUGGCAUCCUUGCUGUUUUUCUCCCCAAGGAUCUAGUUCGAUCUUCUUGCCAGUUUUUCCAUGCAAAACUAAUACUACAAGGGUUCUCUUCCAGUUUCCAUCCUUGUUUUCAGUUUUCUCCUAAUAUUCGUCGUUCUCACCAAAACUUGUUCUUCUUCCGAAAAAAAAGAAAGAGCCCACGUACGUGUAGAUCCAGAGACCUAACACUCCUCUCCUCCUCGAUCCUACCAGCAAGCCCGGCCCAGAGAGAUGGAAAACGUUCUGCUGGAUCGAUCUUCCGGGAGCUUCGAGUCGUUCCCGAGGAGGGACGUCGCAUACUACGGCGCCGGUUGCCAUCCGGGACCCGGAGCGAGACCGCGCGGCGCCUACGGCUACAUGCCUACGUACUGCCCGCAGUACCACCACUUCCAGAAAGGCGGCGCGUGGAGCUCGGCGCCUCCACGCGCGAGGGCGACGAGGCCUCAGAUAUACUCGUCGCCGUCCCUCCCUCUCCUGCCUUCCAACCAGCCGCCGCUCCUGCCUCUCCCACCCACCGCCCCCCAGUACGUCCCCUACCCACCGCCUCCAACGCCGCCGCGUGGCGUCAUGAUCAGGCCGGCAGCGAUGACGGCGGCAAACGUCGUCCCGGCACCGGCCUCGCGGCAGGGCCAGGGGGACAGGAGGAGGAGGAGGCCGGCUAGGCCGCCGCCAGAGCAGGCGAGGGCGCAGAAGAAGACGAGGCCGCUGGAGCGGGCGGCGCCGCUGCCGCCGGCGCCGGCGGUGGCCGAGGCGCUGGACGACCUCGAGCGCGAGGUGGCCCGGACCUUCGUCCAGGACCUGCUGCACGCGCUGGCGCCGCCGCCCAGCAGCCUGCCGCUGCCGACCUUCUCCCUCGUCGGCAAAGCAGCGUCGUCGCCCCCGCGCGGCAAGCUGGUGGGGCCGGCAGCCGCCGCCGCCCCGUUCUGCAACGCGGAGGUGGCCAACGCCGACGGCCUCCGCCGCCUCCUCCGCCUCUAGGCCGGCCGGCCGGCCGGAUCGGCGUGCCGUUAAGUUUGAUCUACAACGACUUGAUUAUUAUUAUUGGUUUCCCCUCCAAAACUAUUAUUUCUUGGCUGGGGAAAAUAUACAGGUACUACUCGUAUUGAAAGUAGAAAGAAAAAGAAUAAUGUUUGUGUAUUAGAAGAAGACAGGGAGAAAAGCUGUGUGACGCUGGAGCAAUGGUCGGUGGAGUUGUCCGGUGGCGUGACCGUGAUGUGGGCGUUGGAUGGACGCUCUGGCCUGCUUCUGUGCUGCGGUGCAAAUUAAAGGGGGUUGAUUGGGACGUACGUCGAGGUGAUGAAGAAGAUGUUAAUCCAGCUCCGUGUGUCGUAGAUCGAUGUCUAGGUUUUACGUAAACGUGCUUGCGUGCUUAAUUAUGGUAUCCACGUAGUAGUAGUGUUGCUAUUGUUCUUGAUUGGGUGAUGAGUUUUUUGAAUUGCCCUGUAUCAAGAGAUUAAUUAGUAUGGUAAUGUAUGUCCGUACAAGUGACUCGAAUAUGAGGUGUGUAUACAUAUUGUUUUCUUGUGAUGUAUCCAUCCCGUACGUGGAUUACACGGUCGCGUGAAUUUCGGGGAUGAAAUGAGUGGUCGACUGCUUGUCUAGACAUUUGCUAUGUACUUAUUCCAGUUGAAAAAUCAACCGACCAACAAGAAUGGGUAA